AUGAAGCUUCACAAGCACAUUAACGCUGUCUUUCAGUUCCCUCAUCCUAUUCCGAUUGUUGUGCUAGGCCUCUUACCACCGUUUGGCGACGGAGAGAAGUGGAAGAAUCUUCUUGACGCGAAUUUUAAGCUUUAUGCGUUACAAUAUUCUCUCAUUUUGGCGGCAGGUUUCUCGAUUUCGCUGAUAAUCUACCCAGCAGAGUUAGCUUAUGCUGUUAGAGCGGUGGCACUGUUCGUAGCACUGUUCAUUGGUUCAGCAUUGCUUAGUGCAAAUUACGAAUGGAAAAGAAAUUUAGGAAAAGAGGAAACUGGUGCAUUAAAUAAUAAAAAGAUCAAAAAUUUUAUGGAGGUUGCGGUUACUGUUGCGCUUCUUAUAGCAGCUAUCAUCCUUUUUUGGAUUUUAUUAUUGAACUACAUUACACUUGCGAUGCCAUCAAUAUCUUUAAUAAUUGUUCUGGUUCACGCAUCAGUUCAUGGCGUUGCUUUAAAUGGAGGAAAGAAAGAGAGAUCUGUAGUUUUUGAUGCGAUUUACUAUAUAGCUGAACUGGAAAUUUCAAAAAUAGUAAAAGCUAGAGGAAAAUACAUUUUGCUGAUCUUCUUUCAGCGUAGAUAA